AAACAACAGUUCUCUCUCUCUCUCUCUCCAGACUGCAGACGGGCUGCAAUAAUCUGUGCUUGGAAGCCUCAAACGUUGAAGGAACAGAAUGCCAGAGAAAGACAACGCCUUCAGCAGCAGCGACAAGACGGGCCACAUUUCGAGCGACGUCUGCCGAGACUUCAUGCGCAAUGUCUGCAAGCGGGGCAAGCGGUGCAAGUUCCAGCACCCCGAGGUUAGUGAGGCAUCCGAGCUCAGCACGCUGAGUGGGGAGAUGCCCCUGGGCAAGGGGGAGGUGCCAGUCUGCCGUGACCACCUGUACGGUGGGUGCCAGCGCGGCUCCAGGUGCAAGUUCCUCCACUUUGAGAGCAAUGGCAUUGGCGCUCCCCGCGAUAAGAGCUCGCCACCCUUCAGCGACGUCCACGACGAGUUCGGCCACCUCCUGAAGAGGCGCUGGGCAGAGAGCGUGAGGCCCGAUGCCUUUGACCUGGGUGCGCCCCGCCCCUUUCCGGCCGACUACCGCUACCUGGAGGAGGAGAACCUGAUGCUGCGCAAGCGGGUGGAGGAGCUCAAGAAGCACGCGUCGACUCUGAUGGCUACCAACGAGAUCCUGCUGGAGCAGAACGCCCACUACCGCAGCCAGCCCAAGGUGGUGACGCUGACCAGCACUGCCGCCGGCGAGCAGCUGGUGGCGCCCCCCACCGUGGCCGCCGUCACCGCCUACAACCAUAGCAUCGUGCAGGCCCACAACUCGCUGAGCAGCCAGGCCCUGCAGCCCCGGCAGGAGCUGCCGGUGCCCGCCAGCGCCGGCCCCCCGCCCGCCAGCACUGCCCCUCCCCCUCCGCCCGGCCCUCACCUCGCCCCCGAGCUGGCCUUGGCCCAGACCAUCGCCCAGGGCAUGGCCGCCACGCCCGUCUCCAUGGCGGCGGUCACCGUUUCCAUCACGCAGCCCAUCCCCGGCAUCACCAUGAGCCACGCCACGACGCCGAUGGUCAGCUACGCCCUGGCCUCUCAGAGCAUGGGGAUUACCCCGAUCCCGCACUGAGGGGGACCAUAUCGUGAAGAAUUCCGUUCCAGCUCCUUGUGAUGUGUUCCGUUUUACCCAGUUGGCUUAAUUGCAAACUUUGAUUCCCACAACGUGAAACAUAGCAUUCCAGUCUGCCGGAUCUUGUUGCGUUUGAACCCUGGUCUUACCCUACUGUAAACAUCAGAAGGGCUAAGAGAAUUGACAACUCCACGCUCGUUGCCACAAGAUUUGCCUAUCCUGUCCUUGAUUUGUUGGCGGUGAGGUCCUGCCAAUAGAGUCCCCAUUGGUCAUGCAGUUGAACUGGACGCUGUUGAAAACAGCCAGCAAAGAGAGGGAGGGGGCAGUAUCUUAUCUCCGUGUCCCAACAUCCAGAGUCCUCCAUAUUACCACAACUGGCUGACAAGCCUGUAACCUGUGCAAUACGAUGACCGUGCGGAAUUUGUGUACUUCCUAUUGGAUUUUUGAAAACUCUGUAUGUACAGUUCCAUCACUCUAACCUGUGGCUUACGAGAUUUUAGUUCGUGUAAUCGUUGGCACCCAGCUUCAGAGAGAAAUUCCUUUGUCAAGCUCUUGUGUUUAAUUUAAAACGAGUUCAGUGCUGGUUAAGGUGCAAAGUGUUAGUUCUCCUUGAGCGACUGAGACUUCUCUCGAAAGUUUCCGCCUCUAUAUUCCACCGCUUUUCAGGAUCCAGUUGCGAAAGUGAACCCCAAAUUUCAGGAUUUAGGUGAUGACUUUGUAAAUUCUGCAAAAGGUUAGUAAGAAUCUCACCUGCAAAAAAAAAAGAGCAUGAACUGUCUGUGACUUUUGCCCAAAUGGUUUAAAGUUUCCUCCUUCAAUAAAUCUUGUAAUUUGCUUUAAAA